AUGGGGGAGCCUGUCGUUCAGCCACAGGACGUCGUCCAAGGUCUCGACGUGGCUUUCGUCACGCCCCCUCAUUGCGCUACAUUUCCUGCAAUCGAAGCUUCUUCAAUCAAACCCCACCCACCGACAACCUUUGGACAAGAUGCUCGAGUUGCUUCACGGGCACUAUCAGUCCCUCUGUCUCGUGGCUACGAAGGCAUUCUACACGAAAAGCCGCUCCACGAGUAUGUCCGUAAUGCUUGCAAGUGGGCCCUGGAUGAUUCUUUGGACAUCGAGUACUGGGAGGAUCCGGAUAUCAACAAGGCUUCCGAAGCAGUGAAGGGAAAACUAAUAAAGUACGGGACUGGACCAAUCGACUCAACCACCGGUAAGCACGAGAAGUAUCACAAAUUCACCGCGAAUGCCAUCGUCAAACAGUCCGCGGCUGAGUACACGUUCGGCAUCACGGAUGAAAAGGGGGUGACCAAGUCGAUCAACAUCGUCCAGUAUAUGAACAGUUUAAGAAGACCAAGAUUCGACACCCAGAUUGGCCCGUGGUUCACAUUGGGAAUCGAAACAUGACAA